GAAGGGUUCAUACGGACCAAGGACCGUCACAAACCUUCAACCCAACAACACCAUCAAAACAUUGACGGUGACAGUACACAGUUGAAGGCAUCACGUCCAGUUCUUCAGACAAUCGACUACAGGCAAAACAUCAUCUUACUGUUUGAUCACCGACAACAGGCAAACAUCACUCCAGUCCCACUGUUGACCACUGAAAAAAUCAAAUACCACUCACAGCUCAUUAAUGAUGGCUAGCAGCAAGCCAGAGUGUAAAGUGUGUUUCAAUAAUUAUGAUGAAGAUCUACGACGGCCACGAUCACUGCCGUGUGGCCACACAUUCUGCUCACAGUGUAUUGAAGAUACAAUAAAGAAUGUUAAACUCAUCUGCCCUAGCUGCCGUGCUGAGCACAGUGCUACAACUGCUACUCGAUUCCCCGUCAACUUUGGUAUGGAAGAUGUCAUAAAGAAUCUCAAAGAUAUCCAAGUCACACCAGUGGGAGCAGUGCCUGCUAAACCUGGUCAAAACCGCACAAGAGGCAUCAGCAAGAAGCUAUGGUGUUUGGUACAGGAACACAAGAGCAGUAUCAGUAGCCUUAUAAGUGAGUGCGAAGAAGCACUGUCCCACUGGGCAAGUACCAGGGGCAGGUGA